CCAUCAUUGUUAACGAUGCUGUUGAGUUGAGUGGAUCGGCGGGGAAGUGAAUCAUGAGUCAUGAGUUGGGAAAUGCGGCGGCAGAUGGUGAUCCCAUCGCCCAACGGAAGCAGGCAGAUUUCGACGCGGCCAUCGGCGGCGAUCCUCCGGUUGAACUCAGCUGCCAACGCCUUCCCUUCUUUCUUCUCAUCGGGAACGUCACCGUCGUGCUUUGCCACCGU